GGUUUGCCCGUUUCAAAUCGGGUUCUUCCAUUCUUCUUCCUCCUCGUCUUCUUCAUCUGCUUCCUCUGCGAAACGCGGAGGGCCAUGGAUUUCAAGGAAGUUUACGAAAUUGACCACACUGCUGCUUUUAUUCACAACAAUGGCUUCACCAGUGUUGCUCUACAGUUCCCAGAUGAGUUAUUGAAAGAUUCAGUCAGAGUGGUAAGUAAUCUGAGGGAGAAACUUCAGUUGCUCAGAGAAUCUGUCACUGAACAAAAUGGGGAUAGCAAAGAGGUUCGAUUGUUUGUAAUGGCAGACACAACUUAUGGCAGUUGUUGUGUUGAUGAAGUUGGAGCUUCACACAUUGAUGCUGAUUGUGUCAUACAUUACGGACAUACUUGUCUCAGCCCGACAUCAACCGUUCCGGCAUUCUUUGUUUUUGGAAAGGCUUCCAUUAGCAUAUCCAGUUGUGCUAAAAGUUUAUCAGAUUAUGCCUUGACCAACAGCAAGCCUAUUAUGGUCCUUUAUGGGCUGGAAUAUGCAUAUGCAAUCCCACAUGUUAGAGAGGAGUUGGUGUCAUCAAUGUCAAUGCAAGCUGCGCCGAAGCAUCCAGACAUCCAUUUUGCUGAUGUUAUAUGUUCAGUAAUAAAUCCUUCUGACAAUAAAAAAAACCCUGAUGGGCUUGCCGGACCAUUUGGUGAAUACAGUUCUAUUGAUGAUGUUGGAGCAGCAGCUGGUACUGGGCAUAGGAUUGGUGGUUUGAUGUGGGAGUUACCUAACGGACACAGGAUGGAUGACUAUUUGCUUGUAUGGAUUGGUGCUGACAAUUCAGCGUUUGCAAAUGUUGUCAUGACAUUUAAUGACUGUGAAAUAGUCAGAUAUGAUGCAAAAGAAAAUCGAUUGGUGACAGAUUUAUCUCAACAGAGAAGGAUUCUGAAGCGUAGAUAUUACCUGGUGGAGAAGGCAAAAGAUGCUAACAUUGUUGGAAUUUUGGUUGGAACUCUUGGUGUAGCUGGUUACCUUGACAUGAUUCAUCAGAUGAAAGACCUAAUCACUUCUGCUGGGAAAAAGGCUUACACUCUUGUUAUGGGAAGACCAAACCCUGCAAAACUUGCCAAUUUUCCUGAGUGUGACGUUUUCAUCUAUGUUUCCUGUGCUCAAACUUCUCUCUUGGAUAGUAAGGAGUUCUUAGCUCCAGUUAUCACUCCAUUUGAAGCCAUGGUAGCUUUCAGCAGAGGAAGCCAAUGGACAGGAGCAUAUGUGAUGGAAUUUCGGGAUUUGAUUAAUUUAUCUCCAGUGGAAGGAAAAAACAAAUCUGAAGAAGCAAGAUUUUCUUUCAUGCAAGGCAGAUAUGUAGAAGGUUUUGAUUUGCAAGAGAACAUUGAAGAAGAAGAUGGAGCUCUUGCUUUAGCUAAUGCAACAGAGAAAGCCCUGCAAUUACAUGACGCAAAUUCUACCUCACUUAUCAAGAGAACAAUACAAUCUGGAGCCCAGUACUUUGCUAAUCGAUCUUAUCAAGGCCUUGACAUGCACAUCGACAAUGCCACGCCAGAACCAUAUUUGAUCGGUAGAACAGGUAAAGCAUCGGGUUAUGAACACGAGAAAAACCAAGCUUAGUAACUGUUCUCAAUUAUGAGAAACACAGGGAGAUAAGGAGAGAAUUGACCUGGGAUAUAGUCUGCGAUUAUCAAGGUGGGAGGAGCUCAGCAAGCGAGAGAGAUGCAUAUUUGCUUUGCAAAAAGAAACAAAGGUUUGGUUCUGCACGAGGGAUGCUUAAUUUUAUACGUUUCACUCCUGAAUACACAUGAACAGGAAAUAGAUAAGGUGUUCAUAAUUUUCAGGACUCAUUCAAUCAAGUCCAAUGUGAGAAUCUGGACAGAAAUAGAAAUUUUUCAUGUAUUAGAUUUUUUUACAAUUAAUCCUAAAAUUUAUACCUUUUGGGACGUUUUA